GGUUUUUUUAAACGAGACUAAAGGUUAUAACUUAAUCUGAAAUUCCAACAUGUUACCAAAUAAAAAGUCAACAUGCGCUAAAUACAUAAACCCUCGCACCUAAAAUGUUGCCAAACGUGACACAUCAAAGAAGGUUAGCCUAAUAGUGUACGCAGAAUACUACUCAUCCACCACCUCUCACUACUACCAUUUAUCCGCGAAUUUUGCUUUUUCUGCAAUAAAGAAAAAGAAAAAAGCGAACCUUUUCUAACUUUCUUUGACUCUAUGUUAUAAAACCUUUUAAAGGUAAUUGUCAGCCAAACUCCCCCAGGAGUUUCUAAUAUUUGUAUUCAGUGGUAUUAUAUUCCGGUUCAUUCAUAUUGGUAUUAUCUUUUUCUUUCUUUAUACUUUAAUUAGUAUUUCGUUCUUUAUAAGACUCUUUUGAAUUUCGUUUUGGCUUAACUUUUUAGCUUGCGCUUUCUUUUUUUCUCGCAAGUUUCUUUCUUUACUUAAUCUUUUGUCAUUCGUUUUGGUAUUCUCGACGCAUACUCUAUCUUUCUUUCUUUCUUUCUUUCUUUUCUAUUUAGUAGCUCUACUUUCUUCGGCUUGUUUUUCUUUCCUUUUUUUCUGUUAAAAAAUGUCGGAUGUGGAUAAUCGACUUUCGAGUAGUAUCAGCAAAAUUCAGAGUAGCCCUUUGUCCGUUGACACAAGGCUAGACAGCGAAGGAUUGGAUGGCUCUCGUAGAAGUGGUUAUCAUGGUCUCUCACCUCUAGAUGCCUUGGCUCGAAAACAUCGUGAUUUAACUCGUCAACUAAAUUUGCACAACUAUGCAAAUUCUCCAAUAUCUAAAUCAGAGGAUUGUCUUGUUUUGCCCAAAGACAAACCUACUCGAAUUCAUGUGCAUCGAACAGGUUCUCCUCUUACGCCUUCCGAAUCAAAUUCCUCCACAACGAUGCAUGGCCCUAGUGUAUAUGAUGAAGAUCAUUACUGUGUUGCUCAACAACUAAGCAGCGUUUUCGGCACCCCUGAUAUUGAUGAUGAUGACGAUUUUGAUUAUUCCGAAAAAUUGUAUGCAGAAUCCCGUCUUUCUUCAAAUUCUGAGGAGUAUAGUUCUGUCGCCAAUCAUUUUGACGAUGAUGAAUACUUUAAAUCGCUCGAACCGCCGAAUGCUCCCUAUCGUCACCAACUUGAUUUCCUAAAACCAAACGAUCUGACCUUGCCAUCUGUUCCUUCUCAAGAAGAGUUAAAUCCCACGUCUCCUUCUGGGAAUCGCCCUCCUGUUAUCCGCGCUUCCACUGCCCCGACUUCGUAUGGAACUACUUCUUCGGCUGUAAGAUCUUUAGAAGGUACCUUGACCGUUUCUCAUUCUAGUGAUGCGUUAAACGUCCAGCAGGCCAGUGCAGAGUUUUACAAUACUAAUAACAUGUCGAACUCUUCUAACGUGGGUGAUUUUUCUGCUAUAAUGAAAGACCAACACAAGGAUGCAACUACCCCUAACCAAUCUUCAUCAUCGCUUGAUUCCCCUUUAGGUGGCACAAGUCAUCCUGGAAAAGUACAUAAAACUAUACAUCUAACAAAGUCUGCCCCGAAGCACCAAACAGUCUCUAUUUUCAGAACACAGUCUCCGUUUCUGAAGAAAGCAGAUAAGGAAAGGGCCAACCUCAACAAGACAAUGGUUUCUAUUAAUAAAUCAGUUAAUAUUUAUCAAAUUUUUGCCGAAAGCAAUCAAUCCAAGGUUGAUUCGAGUAAUUCUUUCAGACUUCUUCCUCUUUCUAUCCGAUUACAAUUCCCAAUCCUUCGACAUUUGGAAUUCUCUUUGCAAGCUUUGACAACGAGUGCAAUCCAAUAUAUAGAUGAGAACCAUGUUGAUAUCCCUUAUACCGCGCUGAAAACCGACCUUAGCCCCUUUCAGAAUAAUUUAUUUGAUUAUGAAAACUUAACUAAAGAAGACCACCUGAAUCAGGCGAUUCGAUUUCACCUUUCUAACGAUUUUAACAGAGGCUUCCUACACUCCAGCUUCGCAGCUAGGCAUGAUGACCACACAGCCUCCUUUAUUUAUGGACUAUACCUUCGACAUGGCUUAGCUUGUUCUCCUAAAACACAUGUUUCUUUCCUUUUUCUUCUCAAGACAGCUACUUUCCUUCUGCGUGAUCUGUCUAUCUCUUUUCAGGAUGCAACCGUCUCUGCUAACAAAUCAAAUCCAUCAGAAACAGAAUCAAAGCAGUAUACCCGAGAUCGAUUAUUACUUGCCCUGGUAUUGUAUGAGCUGGCUGUAUGCUUUAUGCAUGGCUGGGGUAUCACUAGGGAUCGGCCAUUGGGUAUACAUCUCAUAAAACUAAGCGGAGCUUGGGGAGAUGUAGAUGCUCAAUUUGAGGCAGGAAUUCAGCUAUCUUUGGGAACAGUUGCCGACAAAGAUUCUCAAAUGGCUGCAAACUAUUUCCUAUCAGCUGAAUCACAAGGGUUAUCUCCUCCACAAAAAUGCAAAUGGAUUUAUAAAUCAAAGUACAACUUGCCACUUAAUUACAAUGUACCAGCUGCAAAAGAGGUGACUCUUGUUGCUAGCAUAUUGGAAAACAUUGAAGCGAAUGCAAUAAAACUGAAUGGAAAGAACAAGGCAAAAUUUCGAAACUUUAUAUCUGCAGUUCGUUAUCUUUAGGAAUUGUAUUUAUAGACUUUUAGGAGUUAAAACUUUAUGUUUAAUGUUUGGUUUUUUUUUCUUUAUGUUUUAUGUUCUUUGGUUUUCUAGGUUAAUAAUCAGUAUCACUGGAAAGAUUAAGAAUUGUACAAUACACAAAUAAGAAACUUCUAUUUAUAACGUAUGUAUAUUCAGAACUAUCAAAAUGCUCGUAUUAAUACAACCACACGAUAAUUCCGACUCUGUUUAAGAAGUACUGUAUAUUU